AUGUCGGUGACGAGCAUCGCAAUGGACUUGAUUAAGAGCGUUAAACGCAGCACGUCACAUCGUCUUGCACCUUACGACGAUGACAAGGUUCGGCGUUGUAUUGAAGAGAUGCGACAACUGUAUGAGAAGAAUCGUCAGGAUGUGCUAAGCCUUCGACUACCCUCCCAGAGCUCCAGCUCCGCGGAUGAUAGCGCCACCGUGAGGGAUAGGGACAACAUCGUGCAGACCGUCGUCAUCCGACACGCUACGAUGGAACGCGUAAAAAGAUGCCUCCUGGCCUACCAUCAUGCUCGUCUCAUGCAGAUUAAGGAGAUUCGUUGGCAGUACGGUGCCGGAAUACCAAAAGAAAUUCGGCAAAACAUGUCAAAUCAUGAGCUGAAGUGGUUCAGCAACUACUGCACCGCCCUGGCAUCCUUCAUGCGGGCGGACGCUGACGAAAUGGGUGGUAGUGGGGGAUUGGACCUCACUCAGUCUCUCAAACCGCCCAAAUCUCUCUUGCUGGAGGUGCGCUGCCUCAAAGACUACGGCGAGUUCGAGACGGAGUGUGGGAUUGUCAUCAAUCUCACCAAGGGCAGUCAGCAUUUAAUGUUCCGCAGUGACUGCGAGAAUCUCAUUCUGCAGGGGGUUUUGCAGCACAUCAUCGAUUGA